GAAGCACAUGGAAUGUCAACAUAACUGUGGCAAGAUUCCUGUUAUGGGAGGAGCCUUCAUGGACUCACCCAAUGAGGACUUUGGUACAGAAUACUCCUUGUUUAAUUCAUCGGCCAAUGUCCAUGCUGCUGCUUCAAUUCAGAACCAGCAAGAAGAGACCUCCCGUUCCUCAAAUGAUGCCAUAUUGUUAUGGAUUGCGAUCAUAGCAACAAUUGGAAACAUUGUGGUUGUGGGAGUGGUGUAUGCCUUCACAUUCUAAGAAGACCAGAGAAUGGAAUGCUGCAGGAGUGGACAGUUACAAGCGUUUUUGUUGUGUGUGUUGGUGUGUGUGUGUAUAUAUACAUAUAGCUAUAUAAAUAUAUAUAGGUAGACCCAUUUUGUUCAGUUAGAGCUGCCACCGUACUGGAAAUGAAGUGCAGGUUAUUAAACUUGAACUUCAGUAGUAAAGUUUGGUCACAUUUGCAAAUUAUGUGGAGGUGAAAGCUUUAAUCAAGAAUAGCCUAUACAUGUCAUGUAUUAAUUUGAUGUCAAAGGCCAGUGUUUAUAUGUGAAAUACAAAAUGAAAGUGGGAUUUACAUAGAAGGGUGCUUAUUUCCUAUUGGUUGGAUUUUCUAGUACUUCUUCAGUUUCUUGUUUGUUCCUUUUACUGAGUUUUUAAUCUGCUUUGAGGAUUGGUAUUUCUAUCACAACAUUAUAUGAAAAAUGCUUUGUAUCUUAUCCUCCAGGGAAGUCUAGUCAUCUAGAUGUGCAGAUGCGUUGGAUGGUAGGUGUUGGCUCAGUUGUAAUUAGCAGUUUUUCAGGAUUCUUGUGUUUGGAACUAGACUACACACAGUCCAUCAGUUAAGUUUAAAGUGUUAUUAUGAAUCUUAAGGCAGUGGCAUGUAGGUGGAUGGAUGGAUGGUUUAACUAAGACUCCCCUUCUAAAGUCAAUGAGCAGAGAUGAUAAUCUGAGAGUUAAUACUGAAUCUGCUUGAUAUUUCUAGAAAAAGCCAAAUAGAAUAUAUAGGUACUGCAAUCUGCACUCUAGAAGGAGCAUUUCUGGUGUGUGUGUUUUAAAUGGAAGGGGCAAAAGCUCCAAUUUCAAUCAGACUAUUGGCAGCCAAAAAUGAUAAUGAUUAUACUUCACUGGAUUGACCCUUUCUAGAAAAUAAAGACUUAUGGCUUUUUUUGGUUCAUUAUUCUGACAUCCAAAUUUUCCACAAAAGCCACAUGGUCAAUAAGCUUAUAUAUGAAUGAAAUGACUUAAAGUGCAGACAUUUUCCAGCCUAAUUAACUGCCAGUGAUUCAACUGUGGAACUGAACUAAUCAUGGAGUUGGCCAGAUAACCAUACUGUGUACAUACAAAACCUCCCGUGGUCAAUUGGGUACAUGUGUUACAUACAGAAGUGAGAUAUAUGGAACAUUGGAAGGCAGCAGCAAAGGCAAAUUGCUGAUAGAACUUGACAAAUGUUUACACUUAGGAAUUAAUAUGUUUCUAUGGCCUGAUAAUGGGAGGGAAAAUGUAAGAUAAAUUGUGGUAGCAAUUUUAUACAAAUAUUUGUAUUCAGUGUUGAAUUAAUGGGUAAUAUCUUUGUUGUAUUUAUUGUAUUUAUCUUGUGAGCAAUGAUUUCUAAGGGCUGUAUCCAUUCAAAAUACUCUGUAGCCUUCGUUGCCAAAGGAAGGGUAUAUAUCUUCAGUCAAAGCUCCUAUGAGCUGUAAAAAUCUGUCCCAUUUCUCAUUCUCUUUAACAUGACAGAUAUGAGUAUAGAGAAAUGGCAGCAGAUAAAUACUUUAAACAAAACCUCUUUGUACUGGUCCUACAAUUGACAGGUACUUCUUUUGCUGUUAUAUGUAUCUUUGAUUCUGUCAUUUUCACUUCAACUCAUCUGAUGAAGUGGGUCUUA